GGCUGCGGGAGGUCAUCGUGGCUGAGGAGGAGGAAGAGGGGGGAGUGUCUGCGCCAAGAUGGCGGCCGGUCCCAUCUCGGAGAGGAACCAAGAUGCCACCGUGUACGUUGGAGGCCUGGACGAAAAGGUCAGCGAGCCUCUGCUGUGGGAGCUGUUCCUCCAGGCAGGCCCUGUCGUUAACACCCACAUGCCCAAAGACAGAGUCACCGGCCAGCAUCAAGGCUAUGGAUUUGUGGAGUUCCUCAGCGAGGAGGAUGCCGACUACGCCAUCAAAAUCAUGAACAUGAUCAAACUCUACGGCAAGCCGAUCCGCGUCAACAAGGCCUCAGCCCACAACAAGAACCUGGAUGUGGGAGCCAACAUCUUCAUCGGCAACCUGGACCCAGAGAUAGACGAGAAGCUGCUCUACGAUACGUUCAGCGCCUUUGGGGUCAUCCUGCAGACCCCCAAGAUCAUGCGUGACCCCGACACGGGCAACUCCAAGGGUUACGCCUUCAUCAACUUUGCCAGCUUCGACGCCUCCGAUGCUGCCAUCGAGGCCAUGAACGGACAGUACCUGUGCAACCGCCCCAUCACCGUCUCCUACGCCUUUAAGAAGGACUCCAAGGGCGAGCGGCACGGCUCAGCUGCUGAGCGUCUCCUGGCUGCUCAGAACCCCCUCUCGCAGGCCGACCGGCCUCACCAGCUCUUUGCAGAUGCUCCUCCUCCGCCGUCAGUGCCCACCCCGGUCGUUACCACUUUGGGACCAGGGGUCACCCCGCCAGGCAUCCCACCACCUGGGUCUUUUCCUCCGCCGGUGCCGCCGCCAGGAGCCAUGCCCCCAGGGAUGCCUCCAGCUAUGCCGCCCCCGCCCAUGCCGCCAGGCGCUGGUGCCCCGGGGCCCCCUUCUGGAGGUGCUCCCGGUGGGGCGCACCCUCCCCACCCGCACCCUUUCCCUCCCGGUGGGAUGCAUCCAGGAAUGCCUCAAAUGCAGGUGCACCAUGGUAUGCCCGGCAUGGGCCCCCAUCACCCGGGGCCGCCGGGAGCAGGAGGCCAGCCGCCCCCCCGCCCUCCUCCAGGCAUGCCCCACCCGGGGCCCCCACCCAUGGGCAUGCCACCCAGGGGACCCCACUUCGGAUCACCAAUGGGUCACCCCGGCCCCAUGCCCCCCCACGGGAUGCGUGGGCCGCCUCCCUUGAUGCCACCCCACGGAUACAACGGCCCCCCGCGCCCACCUCCCUAUGGCUACCAGCGAAUCCCUCUUCCGCCUCGCCCCGCCCAGCGACCCAUGGUGCCUCCCCGGGGGCCCAUGCGGGGGCCCCUCCCGCCAUAGACAACGGAACGCCACCGGCCAGCAUCGAAAAGGGACUUCCAGCCGUGGAUUCCGCGGAUUGGUCCCUUUCUGCUUCUCUUUGGACAAACAUUCCGACCAGGCGCGUCUCACUUCCCUGUGUGGAAAAAACCUCUGCCAUCUGCUUUAGCCCCUUCAAGGUUUUGCUCGUCUUUAUUUUUAUUUUAUUUUUAGCUCUCUGUAGCCUCCAACAAGGUGAACACGUUCCUAAAUGCAUUUUUUUAAAAGAAAAAUUAUUCUUCUUUGUUAAACCCAACUUAGAAAUGUGGUUUGCAAAUAAAUGUUUGCAAAGAUU